AUGUCUCGUCAGAGCGAGGCCUCCGAGAAAGGCCAGAGUAGGGAAGGGGUUGUUAUUGUCAAGACUGGGCAUUUAGCAGAGAGGGCAGUUGUUGCACUGCUUGUGGCCGCAGGCGGUGCAGGUGGUGCUGAUGACAAUCAUGCCUCCACACUGGCAGCAGUACUCGUAGGCGGGCAUAUUGAUGAUGAUGUUGGUGAUGUGGUUGGUUUUGGUGUUUGUGUUGAAGUUGUGGUUCUGAGACGAGAGAGAGAAAGAGAGAAGGGGCAAGACAAGACAGGCAACCAGAAAGCCACACCCCCAAGCCUACAGGGAGGUGGUCUAGACGCUAGACAGGGUAAAGGCAAGGCAACCCUUAGACUAAGAUCCAAGGUUUCCCUGGCGUUGCAUUUACUGCGUGCAUUGCAUGUGCCGUUGGAGUGGGUGUGGGUAUACGAUAUCAAUCAAUCAGUUGUUGGUCAAUUGGACCCUGGCGUCACAAGCUAA